UAGACAGUGUGAUCAAUGAUUUUAUUUUUAGUGCGGCUCGCGCAUGAUAAUUGCCUCAACCUUCUCUCUAACUAUCUCGUUGUACUACUGCUCAUCUAGUGUAAAAAAAACAAUGGGUGUCGAAAGAAAAGUUAUUAAAGAAGGAGACGGUAGCAAACCAAAAACUGGUCAAAGAGUAAAAGUUCAUUACACAGGUACACUUACUGAUGGGAAAAAAUUCGACUCAUCUCGUGAUCGUGGUAAACCAUUUGAAUUUACUUUAGGUAAAGGUGAGGUAAUUAAAGGUUGGGACGAAGGUGUAGCUCAAAUGUCAAAAGGUGAACGAGCAACGUUAACGUGUUCUCCUGAUUAUGCCUAUGGUGCCAGUGGUCAUCCUCCUGUUAUUCCUAAACAGGCUACUCUUAUAUUUGACGUUGAGCUGAUUAGUUUUCACUAAUAAUACUCGUGUAAAUAGUAUAUGAUGUUAAUAAACUCCUGAGUUCUUAAAA